AUGAUCGGGUUGAAGGGUGUCCUCAAUGUCAUUGACAACACUGGCGCCUUGACAGUCGAGUGCAUCAACGUCCUCAAAGUCAAGACAAAACUCAAGUCCACCGGUUUCGCGACUGUCGGCGACGAGAUUGUCUGUGUAGUCAAGAAAGCCCGCCCUAUCCCCACCAACGAAGUAGUCAAGAACCCCAAUGCCUCCUCCAACAUUCAGAAAAUCCGCAAAGGUGACGUCCGUCGCGCCGUCGUCGUCCGCACCAAGAAGACUCUUCAAAGACCGGACGGCUCGGUGGUCAGAUUCGAUGACUCGGCGGCGGUGCUGCUGAACAACAAGGGAGACAUGUUGGGCACGAGGAUAGUCGGAGCUGUGGCUGGAGAGUUGAGGAAGAUCAGGGGAGGUGCUGCGGGAGCUGGUGGGAGAUGGGGCAAGAUAUUGAUGUUGGCGCCCAAGGUGAGUCUGUGCCGUGUAUAA